AUGGAGCGCCAGCUCGCUGUUCCACCUGCUCUGCUGUUCCUUCUUAACAGGCUACUUCUGAAACAUAUUCCUCAGCCGGGAAGCCUCGGAGCUCACCAGCCUGAGCAGAACUGGUUUGGGAAAACGGAGUCGACUGGCCAGGAAGUCUCGGCUCCUCAUCCCAGCUGGACUGACCUGCAGAAGGGAUGCAAAGCCACAGUGUUCAUCAGCACUCACGCUCAAGAGGCGGGAGUGUCUGAGGCGUGGACCAGCAGGUCUUGCAAAUGUGAUUGUGAAGGAGGAGAAGCCCCGACUGAGUUUUCCUCCAUUGGGACCGGCUCUUCCAUGGUGCGAGGAGUGGACUGCAUGCCAGAAUGUCCGUAUCACAAGCCUCUGGGCUUUGAGGCCGGAUCGGUGAGUCCAGACCAGAUCACCUGCUCCAACGAGGACCAGUACACCGGCUGGUUCUCCUCAUGGCUCCCCGGCAAGGCCCGGCUCAACAGCCAGGGCUUCGGGUGUGCCUGGCUGUCUAAGUUCCAGGACAGCAGUCAGUGGAUGCAGAUCGACCUGAGGGAAGUGAUGGUGGUGUCGGGGAUCCUCACUCAGGGCCGCUGUGACGCCGAUGAGUGGAUCACCAAGUACAGCGUUCAGUACCGCACAGACGAAAAACUCAGCUGGAUCUAUUACAAAGACCAGACUGGAAACAACAGGGUGUUUUACGGAAACUCUGACCGGUCCUCGUCUGUUCAGAACCUCUUACGGCCGCCCAUCGUGGCGCGCUACAUCCGCAUCCUCCCCCUUGGAUGGCACACACGCAUCGCUCUGCGUCUGGAGCUGCUGCUCUGCAUGAGCAAAUGCAGUUGAACCUUUCCUCCCCGCCAUCCCCGAGGCCUUGUCCCAAAACCUUAUCUACACCUAAAUCGCUCCAUCGUCAAAGUGUGAGGUCUGUUAUUGCAUCCACAGAUUUGGACCCCCUCCAGCUACAUGUAUUAAACCACAAGUUGAAGACAAAAACAUUCUGUUUUUAAAAUACAAAAAAAAAUAUUUAUGUGAUGUGCUAAAUGAGCUUCAUUCACUGCACUCUCCAUUUUCUA